GCGCCAUUUACAACUCGAAGUUUGCAGUUAGCUACAGUGCAACGACCGCUUGUUUCUAUUAAUAUACUCAGGUUUUAUUAUAUAUUUGCGUCUUAUCUCACUGAAAAGGGGUACCAAAAUGCCCCAGCCUAAGAAAAGAACCAGAAGGAGUUCAUGUAGGAGAGGGAACGACCAGGAUAAUGUUGGAGACGACAGUGACCGGGCGACGUCAACUCCAACUGAUUCAACAUGUCCCUUCCACAUGUUUACGCGCCAUGAGAAAGACAGCAUCGGGAACAAGCUUCUUGGAUGGUACGACAAGCAGCACAGACAGCUACCAUGGAGAGCUAUCGCCCAGAGUAACUGCGACGAGACAACGAAGGGCUAUGCCAUCUGGGUGUCGGAGGUCAUGCUACAGCAAACUCAAGUUGUCACUGUUAUUCGAUACUACAACAAGUGGAUGGAGAAAUGGCCAACUGUGAAGGCCUUGUCAGAGGCCUCACUGGAUGAAGUAUUUGAGGUCUGGGCUGGACUUGGCUACUACCAAAGGGCAAGGCGUUUACAUGAAGGAGCACAGAAAGUUCAAUCGGAGCUGGGUGGUGUACUGCCAAACACAAUGAAGGAAUUGAUGGCAAAAAUUCCUGGAGUAGGAAGAUACACAGCCGCAGCAAUUGCUUCUAUCGCUCACGGCGAAGUCGUUGGAGCUGUAGAUGGUAACGUGGUGCGGGUGUUGUCUCGAAUGCGUCUUAUUGGCUCGCCCGUUGGAACUGCAACUGCGAAUCAGAUCGUGUGGGACCUCGCAUCCGGCAUUGUGUCCACUUCACGUCCCGGCGAUUUCAAUCAAGCAAUGAUGGAGCUUGGAGCUACGGUGUGUACUCCGCGGAAUCCACGGUGUUCAGUAUGCCCGUUGCAGGAUUCCUGCCGGGCUAAUCGAAUGAACAGCAGAAACACGGAAUUACUUCAGAGAGGGAAGACCCGUAACAACUCUUCAGAUACAGACAUGGAAGAUGUUAUACCUGGCUGCAACCUGUGCCUCGCAAGUGAACUCCGGAACACCCAAGAGAAUGUAGCCUUGCUCUACCCAUACAAGGCACAAAGAAAGGAGCCUCGGAAGCAGGUUUCCGUAGUGCUAGUUGCGAGAAAACAGGGACAGUACCUAGUGCAAAAAAGGACAGGGAAGGGUCGUCUGCUCGAAGGACUUCUGGAGUUUCCAAACAUAACAGCCGAUACAGAUCCACCGACAAAGAUGAAGGAGCAAGAAUUGUUGACGUCUCUUUAUGACAGCUUGGUCAGCACAUCGGCCUGCAGCACGCCUGUGCCAAAGUACGCUGGAGAGGUCAUUCACAUAUUUUCACACAUCAGGGCAUCCUAUAGGAUCUAUGUUGUCAACGUAGAUGCUGCUACAAAUGAAUGCAUUCAUGGGCUUUGGAUGACGCCAGAGAGCAUAAAAUCUUCCGGAAUCUCAACAGCAAUGAAGAAGGUGCUUUUGCAUGUCGAGAAUGAUUUGCACAAUUUGUCGCAGCAGGCACAGGAAAAGGCACAGAAAUCAGUGUCUCCUCCAGAUCCAAAGCAGCCAAAGCUCUCUUUCACACCUCUAAGGCAGAGGAAAGUAUCGUAGGCUCUUGUUGCGGAGCAGUGGUGGCAACAUGAAGUCUCAGACAUCCCUUAUGGAAUGCGACAACGCCUUGUUCUGCCAGCUUCUAAAACUGUACGACAGCAUCACAGAACUCCGUCUGCAACGCGAACGACGUCACACCAUGUCACGUGACGACGACGAUGACUCCACCGGACCUCUUCAUUCACCCCACACUCAGGGAAGCCUCGAAUCGCUCUCGGUCUACGAGGACGACGAAGAUGAAGAUGGGCGUCGGCGUGUGACGUCAUCGUCAUCAUCACCGUCUUGCGAGUGUUCCGGUUCGAGCGGUCUCGAAGACUCGACGGUUUCGUCGGACGUCUCAAGAAGUUCGUCGGAUUCCAUAAAGUCGCCACCGAGGAGACAGGUGACGCAGAGUGCUCAAGGGGCCACAUCUAGACGACAUUCCGCUGUGCUUGGCGGGCUAGGUUGUACCGACGGGUUCUGUAGCAGGUGUCAAAGCAGUGGAACUCGCAAAAGAACUCCCGUUUACAGGCGAAGGGCUGUGUCCCACGCCAGUCUAGUGUUCAGGCAUCAUUAUAGGGACUCCUUUGAUUCGGGAAUUCACCUACGGGGCAGCCAUUCCGAGUCGGACCACGAAAUAUUCGUCUGAAACGUUAAUUAGUGUCAUCGUCUCGUUAUGAUCUCUAGUAGCUUUCGAGUGUGUAAGCCUGUUUCCUACCUUUUGACAGAAAUAUAUAGCUGUCUACUUAAAACAAAAACAAAAAAAUGUGUGUGGCUUCGGCAGCGUUUAUUGUGUCGAUGAAGCGUUUUUUUUUUUUUUUUUUUUUUAAUUUUUCUCGCGGAGCAAAACUGUCUUCGUCAUUGCAUUUGUUGCUCACUCGCAUUGUUCAAAUGGCAUGUUUCAACAUUUGAGAGAAGGUAUAGUCAGUUUUUGCUACUUUUGGUACUGUUACUUUUAGAAAGCAUUUUACCGCGAACUUUUCAAACCAUCCUUCGAAGUUGAUAGCAAGUUUGCCAUUUUCAGUUGUGCCUAACUGACUUCCAAUGUGAUACUCAUGUGGUGUGUUAAUAUCAAUUUGCUUUUGUACUGUCUUCUUUUUUACGAACCAGCUCGCGUGUUAUAGAAUGCGUUGCUUUCGCACAGCGCGUGGUCUAGUCGAACCGAUAGCUUUUGUAUGGACGACUUGAAUAUGUGUGUGUGCUUCAUUGUGCAUUUUUCUUGUAAUUUGUUCUAAUAAAAAAAGUAGUAACAGUA